AAUGUCCUGAAAUUAGGAUCUAUUUUUUAGCGAAUGUACUUCCUGGAUAAUAUUUAGUGUGUUGUAAGGUCACUGAAAUGUAAACCAAUGGCAAAAUUAUUUUUGUCAUUAUAAAGAUACAUUGAAUGAAGAUGUGACAAAAGCUCUUACUUCAAUUCAGAUGUCGUUAUGCACUAGACAUUGAAAUGUUUCGUUUGUUUAAUCGGACUUGUUUUUGGACAUAAUUAUAUUAAUAUUUUAGAAAAAUUGUUUAAAUUUAUCAGUUUAUUUUUAAUCUAAAACAGGUUAUUAUGACAUGAAUGUGAUAUCAUUGGUCAAAACAUUCAGUAUUUAACAUGAGUUUCUGUGGUUCAAGAGAAGGUUCACUUAGUGUGAAAGAUGGUGUGCUUAGAAACAAGUGCUUUGUAGAUGUGAUGAACAUCAUACCCCAUGGGUUAUUUAUUGUAACCAGCAUUUUCAUUUUAAUAGCAUGGAGAGAGUCUAUUGUGGGUCGUCUGAAAGCCAAAACUUGGGUACAUUUUCGAUGUCACUCUAUACGUUGGAUUUUGACCUUAUUUUUGAUAUUGAUUAAUGCAAUAGAAAUAGCUGAAGGGUUUGUGUCGGAUUAUAUAGAUCCAGAUAGUGCAAAUUACCAUGUGAUAGUUCCCCCGUGUUUUUCACUAGUCAGUACAAUAUUGACUAUAGUUCUGUAUCAUAAUAUAGAGAUGUUUAACUCCCCCAGAGUUUUAUUGAUUUUAAUACCUUACUGGAUUAGUGCUUGUGGAUUAAAGCUUUUGAAGGCAUUUUCUUUGUAUGUCACGGGAAUAGCACCUGAGCAUCUUCGAUUGUGGAUUACAUGGGCAGUUGUUCUUAUUUAUGGAGCACUUAUACUUGUAGAACUUGUUGUACUAUUUACUCAACGGUAUGCAUUUUGCAAGAAACCAAAGAAAAUUCAUGCGCCACCUGAACUGGAAAGGACUCGUUACUAUGCUAACUUUGUUAACUUUUUAUCAAAAGCUACAUUCUGGUGGGUCAAUGACAUAUUGAUAGAUGGAUUCAAGUCACCACUCACACAGAAAUCACUAGGAAAGUUACCAAGUACUGAACGAGCAUUGACAAAUUACAAGAGCCUGCUUCAUGCAUUUGAAAUUGAGCGAGACAAAGCCACAAAAAAUGGUAAACAGCCGUCAUUACACAAGAUAUAUCUACGUGCAUUCUGGCCGUUAUUGUUGCUGGCCGGAAUCUUCCGGUUGUGCGGUGAUCUGUUGGCGUUUGUUGGACCAUGGUGCAUCGAGAGUAUCGUAGAUUACGCAUAUGCUUUGACUGAAGCAGACGUCAAAAAUGCGACUGCGACUACAUCUGCUAAUACAACUACGGUGACAUACUCCCCUGUAUCAACGGGUAAUCUUACCCUUAAUCAGACCGAAAAUAAGCCUAUAGAGUAUUAUGUGACGGUUGAAACGUUUGCCACUAAUGGGUAUGGCCUCUGUGUGGUGUUGUUUAUUGCCACAGUUCUCCAGCACACCUUAUUACAGAACCACCAUUAUACUGUCAUUAGACAGGGUAUCAGACUCAGAUCUGCUAUUCAGACUAUGGUGUAUAGUAAGGCACUGAGGUUAUCAACUCUCACAAUCACCAACGGAAAGACAACAGUAGGUCAGAUAGUGAACCAUAUGUCCAUGGAUUCUACCUUCCUUAUGAUGCAGUUCUUCUUUAUACACUACACCUGGGCAACACCUAUACAGGUUGCCCUGGCAAUGUUACUGAUGUACUUUAAGUUAGGUGUGAGUGCUGUGAUAGGUGGUUUACUCAUCGUAUUGUCAGCCCCAGCUCAGGUGUAUGUUGGAAGAGGAAUGUCAUCUACACAGAAAAAAGUCAUGCAACGAGCAGAUGUACGUGUGAAGCGCUGUAAUGAAAUGAUUCAAGGUAUGAAGGUGAUCAAACUGCUAGCGUGGGAAUCAUUUAUUGCCAAGGGAAUUAAUGAAGCUAGGAAGAUAGAGUUAAAGCACCUGCUCAAGAAUGCGGUCUUCAGAGCCAUGUUUACAUUUAUUGGCACUGCUGUACCUGCUAUAGCAACUCUAUUGACAUUUGUGCUAUAUCCGUACAUAGAGAAAGAGCCACUGACAGCAGGGAAAGCUUUGUCUACCCUCGCGCUGUUUAAUAUUCUCUAUGUACCCCUCGUCCUAUUUUCUGUGAUGACAUCCACGUUGAUCAUGGCUAACGUAAGCGCUAAGAGACUUAUGCCCUACUUCCUGGCACCGGAGGUGGAGGGACUGCAGGGUUUUAGUGAUACAAUUAAGACAGGCACAGAGAGUUUACCGGAGGAUUUGACGGGAGAUCCAGAGCAUAUACAAUUGCAUUUACUGUCCGCUGAAGACAAACAUGAUGGUCUAAGUACAAGUAUGUGCAGUUUGGCUAGUCACCACUCACACGCUCCUGGUGCUUUCUCAGCAAGACACUCGAGACAAAAUAGCAGCUCUUCCCUACUGGAGUACAAUACAGAACAUUUGGUAAAUCCAGGGUUUCCACGACGACACUCCGCGAUCACAUUAUCAGCCGUGGGUGAUCAUCAUCAUCACCAUCACCGCCGGCGACAGAUGAGCGGGGUGUCUAUAGAAGAGCUUCAGGAGUGUGAUCCCCAGUAUGCUGUAGAGGUGUCCGGUGGGGCAUUUUCCUGGGAUCUGGAAACAAAAGAGUUAGCCCUGAAAAACAUUGAUCUUCAAAUACCAAGUGGGAAGUUAAUUAUGGUGGUCGGUACUGUUGGCAGUGGUAAAUCAUCACUAUUAUCAGCUUUAUUAGGAGAGAUGUUGACAGUGACAGGCAAAGUUCAGUGGUGCAGGAACGCCAGUAUUGCUUAUGUUUCACAGAAACCAUGGUUACUAAACAAGACAUUGAAAGAGAAUAUUCUCUUUGGAAACUCAUACUCAUGGAAGAGAUUUCAGAAAGUGAUAGAGGCAUGUGCAUUACAGCCUGAUAUAGACAGUCUUCCUGCCGGUGAUGCUACAGAAAUUGGUGAAAAGGGUAUAAAUCUAAGUGGUGGUCAGAAACAGCGAAUCAGUAUUGCUAGAGCUUUAUAUUCUACUGCUGAUAUUAUAAUCAUGGAUGAUCCAUUAUCUGCCCUUGACGCCCACGUGGGUCGUCACGUGUUUGAUGACGUGGUCAUGAAGAAGUUGAUGAGGAGAAAGAAAACCGUUAUACUAGUCACACAUCAACUUCAAUACCUUAACUAUGCACAUAGUGUUUUAGUCAUGAAGGAUGGUGAGAUAGCAUGUCAGGGUAAAUUAACAGAGGUGAAAAAGACACACCCAGAUUUGUAUGAAUCCUGGAGAAAAGCUCUCAAAGAUGCCAAGGCAGCAGAGUCUGUACGUAAGGAUUCAGAAACACUAGAUGGAACAAUAGAUCACCUACCUGUGAGACAGUUCAGUGAGAUUAGCCAGAAGAGUCAGGUUUCUAUAGAGGAAGAUCCUGUCAAAGAAAGUAAUGGCAAGCUGUCAACAGUUAGUGAACCAGUCUCAAUAGAAUCUCCUUCAGGAAAUGAAAGUGGUGAAGUUAAAGACGAAGACGAUGAUUAUGAUAAAGAGCAUGGUGAUGAGAGUAAACCUGAGGUAGGAAAACUUAUAAAGAAGGAACAUCGAGAAGUUGGUUCAGUGAGCAUACGGGUAUAUUUUAGUCAUAUACGAGCGUGUGGAAUACCGUUUGCAUUAUUUUCCGUUCUCACUCUUCUAACCAAUCAGACACUUCUAGUCAGUACUAAUAUUUGGGUAUCACAUUGGGCGAGUAAAUCAACAGAGUUCGUCAAGUCUGAACCUCAUAAUUCUACGCAAACAUUUGACAACUGGGAGUAUAUACCAACAUAUAUAAUCCUGUCCAUAUGUGCUGUAUUGGCCACGUUAAUAUCAGGGUUCGCGUUCCAGCUCACAGGGAUCAGAGGAGCCAAAAAUCUGCAUGUCGGUUUACUCAAUACUGUAUUACAUGUCCCUAUGAGAUUUUUUGAUACAAAUCCAAGUGGGAGGAUCAUUAAUAGGUUUUCAUCAGAUGUAGGUCAAAUUGAUCAGAAAAUUCCAGCCACCUAUGAAUCAUUAUUACGUUGUGCCUUUGCUUCAUUGGGAGCAAUCAUCGUGAACUGUAUUGGGACACCUUACUUCCUGUUGGCAGCUUUACCAGUGUGUAUCCUGUAUUAUCUUAUGCAAAAAUUCUACACUGCAACUGCAAGAGAACUUCAGCGUUUAGACAGUGUAACAAAAUCUCCUAUAUUUUCACAUUUGUCAGAAACUUUGAAUGGUCUGAUGACAAUAAGGGCUUACAAAGCCCAGGUGAGAUUCCGACAGAUUGCUCUAAGUGCAAUAGACAAUAAUGUCCUACCUUUCUUGUUUAACCAGACAGCUAACAGAUGGCUGGGUAUAAGAUUGGAUUAUAUGGGUGCUAUAUUAGUAUUUGUGUCAUCUGUGGCCAGUUUGACCGCUGGUCUUGCCGGCAAUACAGACCCUGCUUUUAUAGGACUGUGUAUUGCAUACGCUUUAAUGGUGUCAAAUUAUUUGAACUGGAUUGUAAGAAAUUCAACUGAAUUAGAAAUGAUGAUGAAUGCGGUGGAACGUGUAGAUGAAUACACACAGCUCAAAACUGAAACUACUGAAGAUGAAAAACCAGUGGAAGAAGAGUGUUGGCCUACAGUAGGAGAGAUAGAAUUUAGACAUGUCAGUCUAUGUUAUGAUAUUAAUCUAGAUCCUGUUGUAAAUGAUGUUAGUUUUAUCAUAAACCCUGGAGAAAAGAUUGGUAUAUGUGGUCGUACAGGUAGUGGCAAGUCAUCUCUUACCCUGAGUUUAUUUCGUAUGAUAGAGAUUUCUGCAGGGGAAAUACUUAUAGACGGUAAAAAUAUAUCAAACAUUGCGCUUCCAGAACUGCGGUCUAAACUUGCCAUAAUACCACAAGACCCGAUAUUAUUUACUGGGACAAUCAGAUAUAACCUUGACCCUGGAGGUGAGAUGGACGAUAACAAGUUAUGGAAAGCCUUGGAGUCUGUACAACUUAAGGACACCAUAGAUGCCUUGCCUAAUAAACUAGAUUCAAAAGUGUCUGAAGGAGGUGAGAAUUUCAGUAUAGGUCAGAAACAGUUGUUUUGUCUGGCACGUGCAUUUCUACGCGAGAACAAGAUUCUCGUGCUAGAUGAGGCCACGGCCAGUAUUGACCUUGAAACAGAUAACAAAUUACAGAAGGUUAUAGGGACAGUAUUCAAAGAUAAAACUGUUAUAACAAUUGCUCAUAGAAUCUCUACAAUAAUGAAGUAUGACAGAGUGAUGACAAUGGCCAGUGGUCGUAUGUUAGAGUUUGAUUCACCCAAAAAACUCAUGGAACAAGAUAGUUACUUUGCGCGGUUAGUAAAACAGUCAUCAAAGUGAAACUGACAUCAGAAUGAAACUGACACCAAAGUGAAACUGACAUUGGGAUGAAAUAAUAAUAGUGAAACUAGUAAGUGAAACUGACACAAGGCAAGAUAUGUCUAUACAGGUUAAACAGUAAAAAGGGUGUUUCCGGUAGAUAACAUGAAAAUAUCACAAGAUAGAGAAAAUUUGUAAAUUUUUAAUCAGUUUAUCUGUAGCAUUUGUUCAUAAGAUGCACUCUUCACUCUAUAUUUGAAAUUUGAGUCUCAAUAAUGCGUUUAUAAGGAGGAAAAUGGACUGUAAAUUAAAAAAAGCUGUUAUGUGUAACACUUUACAGAGAAAGAGAUCAAUGAUAAAAGUUAAUCAGAGAUAUUGACGAGUUAAGUAUCAUAGAAUGGAAAUUUUAAUAGAGACUGAGCUAUAAUAUGGAUAACUGUUAUACAAGUGAAAAUGGCCAAGAUUGAAGACAGUGAUAUAUGUAAAGUGAUCACGUGAUAGAACAGUCAAGUUAAUGGACGUGUAAGAAGUAAGAUACAAGUGAAACUGUCAUAAAUUUUUUUUAUAGGAACAUGCAAUUUUUACAAUCAUAGUCACAGAGUU